AAGUGUCAUUCCUUUAGACCGAUCUCAAGGAGAAGAAUGUAAUUACAAAAUUAUAACAAUAAUGAGUUUGGAUCUUCAAUUAUAACACGUGCCAUUUCUUCUAUUGUCCUUUUACCCACGGCUAUAAUCUGAAACUCUACGUAGAAAAUCAGCUUCGUAUACAUACAUGCAUUUCAUUCCAUGCCCAAAUCGUCUUAGACCUCUCCUCUUAGCCUGUAAAGACAAAGCAUCAAUAUCUAAAACCCAUGCUCUCAUGCUCUUGACCGGCCUCAUCAAGCAUGGAAACUCCAAUGGUGGACUCAUCGCUUCCUAUGUAAAUAUAGGCGACAUUAAAUCUGCCCGAAAAGUGUUUGAUGUAUUGCCUCAAAGAGGCGUAGGUGCAUGGAAUUCCAUGAUCAUUGCUUAUUCGCGUAAAGAGUACCCAGUUGAAGUUCUGAAUUUAUAUCGUCAAAUGAUUUUGGAAGGUGUUAGACCCGAUAGCUCAACUUUCACGGUGGCCCUCAAGGCGUGCACGAGGUUGUUGGAUUUGAAAACAGGGGAGGAAAUUUGGUGUAGAGCGAUGGAUUGUGGGUUUGAGUUUGAUGUGUUUGUUGGAUCUUCUGUUUUGAAUUUGUAUGCAAAGUGUGGGAAGAUGGAUGAAGCGAUCGUGGUCUUUGAUAGGAUGCCGAGAAGGGAUCUUGUUUGUUGGACAACCAUGAUAAGUGGGUUUGCGCAGAGUGGGCGGCCAAUUGAAGCGGUUGAUAUGUAUAUUCGAAUGCAAAAGGAAGGAAUGGAAGGAGAUGGGGUUGUGAUGGUGGGGUUGACACAGGCUUGUGCAAAUCUUGGGGACUUAAAAUUGGGUCUUUCUGUUCAUGGGUAUUUGAUCAGGAAAGAUCUUCCUAUGGAUGUUGUAGUUCAAACUAGCCUCCUGGAUAUGUAUGCCAAGAAUGGACAUUUGAAGCUUGCUUGUCAUGUUUUCAAGAAUAUGCCUUGUAAGAAUGUCAUAUCUUGGGGUGCACUGAUAUCUGGCUUUGCUCAAAAUGGUUUUGCAGGGAAUGCACUUGAUUUAUUGGUAGAGAUGCAGGGUUGUGGAUACAGACCAGGUUUAGUGUCUCUUGUGAGUGCACUUCUAGCAUGUACCCAAGUUGGGUUUUUGAAAUUGGGUAAAUCUAUACACGGAUAUAUUGUGAGAAGGCUUGAUUUUGAUAGAGUUUUAGGUACAGCAGUGAUUGACAUGUAUUCAAAAUGUGGAGCCCUUUCUCGGGCACGCACUCUCUUUGAUCAGAUAAACUCCAAAGACUCAAUCUCUUGGAAUGCAAUGAUAACCAGCUAUGGAAUUCAUGGGCAUGGAAAAGAAGCUCUGUCUCUCUUCCUAGAGAUGACAAAAACUAAUCUAAAACCAGAUCAUGCUACUUUUUCUUCCCUUCUCUCGGCCUUCGGUCACUCAGGUCUUGUGGAAGAAGGUCAAUACUGGUUUAAUCAUAUGGUUAGUGAAUAUAAGGUCCCUCCAACGGAAAAGCAUUAUGUUUGUAUGGUUGAUCUUUUGGCUCGUGCAGGUCGAGUUGAAGAGGCUUGUGAGCUAAUAGAUUCCAUGAAUGCUGAAUCGGGGCUUGCUGUUUGGGUUGCUCUCCUGGCAGGUUGCUGCAAAAAUGGCAAGUUGUUGAUUGGAGAGAUGGCUGCAAAGAAGGUUCUUGAGUUAAAUCCGGAUGACUUGGGAAUUUAUUCUUUGGUCUCAAACUACUAUGCAAAGGCGAGGAAGUGGGAUGAUGUAGCUAGUGUUAGAAAAAUCAUGAAAAAGACGGGGAUGAAGAAAGUGCCAGGGUAUAGUGUAGUGGAAGUGAAAGGAAAACUUCAUGCUUUUCUUAUGGAAGAUAAGAGCCAUCAUCAAUAUGAGAAUAUGAUGCAACUUUUGGAUAAGUUGGAUCAUGAAAUGAGAGCUAUUGGAUAUGUCCCAAAGACUGAAUUUGUGUUGCAUUCCCUUGAUGAGGAAGUCAAAGAAAAAAUGUUAUGUAAUCACAGUGAGAGGCUUGCUAUUGCUUUUGGUCUCUUAAACACAGGGCCUGGAACCAGAUUACUGAUCAUAAAGAACCUUAGGGUGUGUGGGGAUUGCCAUGAAGCAACCAAGUUCAUUACGAAAAUUGUGAACAGAGAGAUUGUUGUGAGGGAUGUGAAGCGAUUUCAUCACUUCAAGAAUGGGAUCUGCUCAUGUGGUGACUACUGGUGAAGCCAAUGUGCAAAGAUUUCCUUUCUCUUUGCUGGAUUUUUCACAGCUGGGGUGUUGAAAUAUCAGGGUAGGAUCUGACAUCUCUUUAGGAAAGCAAGUUGCUAAUAUUAUAAUGGGUAAUGGAAGAGACAAGCAAGCUAACAUCGCAAUUGCAUACUACUACCUUUAAGGUGUGUAUAGAUACUGCUUGGUAACCAGUACAGUGCUUUGAGAUGGUCCCAUCCAACAUAUCCAUAUCCAGUUGGGUUGCUGGCAGAAUUUGGAUGCAGAUUGUUGAAAGGAUUUACUUAUGAUUGGAAUGCCAAAGAAAAGGACGUGGGGGGUUUUUUUUAAUCCAAGCGUCUUCCCAUAUGCUUAGCAUCAACAAGACUGAUUUGCCACUAACAGCUUCGGUUCUGGGAAGGAUUUAGGCAGUACAUGAGUAAGUUUGGUGAAUUGGAAAAUGUAAUAUUGGUGAUGAAGGAUCCAGUGACAAAACAACGAAUUGGAAUUGGAGUUGAAAUGUAUAGAGAAAUGCAGGAAGUGCAGCUAGGGUUUUAUAAAGUUUUUGUAUUCUGGUUUUAUUCAGGUGAAUUUGUAGAAAACAUAUAGUGUUAAUUUAAUUAAGAGAUUUUAAACUAAGUACAGUGUUUAAGGUGUUGUUUGGAAGAUUGAAAAUUGUGGAACUUCGUC